AUGGAAGAAUACAAUAAAGAUUUCAAUUUUGAUCAUUUAUUUAUGCAUGCAAAUGAAGAAGAAAUGUUUCUCGAAGAAAAUAUAAGCAUGAGCCAGAAAUAUACUAAUCAAAUUGUUGGUCAACAAAUUUUAUCACAGAAAUUAAGUCAGUUAUCUACAAAAGAUGCGCAUUCGAAUGAACAACGUCGAGAUGAAGAUAAGGGUAAUAUUUGUCAUAAUAAACGUCAAUUAAGUACACCUUCAUCACAAGAAAUGCUAUCAAAAAAAAUUCGUCCAUGGAAUGAACCUGUCAAUGAAGAAUCCGAGAAUCAUCGGAUGAC